UUGGAAAUAGCCUGAAAGUGUGAAAAAGGGAAUACAUUUGAAGUUUUCCUGUAAAAAAGAAGAUUAUUCUUUAUGAAAAUCAUCUUCUGGCUAUGGAACAUCUUUAAUCUUCAUCUAUCCAAAUGCUAACUUAGGGAUGCAUAGAAGGAACUCAUUCAUUUGAGAAAUUAUUGGUUGUAUCUACAACAGGACAAAUGUCUGAAUGAAAUAAAAAACCAAAUCUAUCAAAAUUCUACUGUCAUAAUGAUAGUUAUUUCUCUAUCUAUUUGCAAGGUUGGAAAAUGGCAGCCUUUGAGUUUAUGUAAUUCUUUCUUCAGGUACAGGAAAAAAAUGAAUGAUGAAGGCAAAAAGUGCAAGUUCUGAAGGCUACUUUGUUCUGCUGGGUUUUUCUAAUUGUCCUCAUUUGGAAGUAGUUCUCUUUGUGGUUAUCUUGAUGUUCUACUUGAUGACGUUGAUAGGCAACCUGUUCAUCAUUAUCUUGUCACACCUGGACUCCCAUCUCCACACUCCCAUGUACUUCUUCCUCUCAAACCUCUCUUUUCUGGAUCUCUGCUACACCACCAGCUCCAUCCCUCAGUUGCUGGUCAACCUCUGGGGCCCAGAGAAAACCAUCUCUCAUGCUGGUUGCAUGAUUCAACUUUACUUUGUCCUUGCACUGGGAACAGCUGAAUGUGUGCUACUGGUAGUGAUGUCCUACGACCGUUAUGUAGCUGUAUGUAGACCCUUGCAUUACACUGUCCUCAUGCACCCUCAUUUCUGCCGUCUGUUAGCUGUGGCUUCAUGGGUGAGUGGCUUUACCACCUCAGCCAUUCAUUCUUCCUUUACUUUCUGGGUACCACUCUGUGGACAUCACCAAGUGGAUCACUUCUUCUGUGAAGUUCCAGCACUACUGCGAUUAUCAUGCGUUGAUACUCAUGCUAAUGAGCUGACCCUCAUGGUCAUGAGCUCCAUUUUUGUGAUCAUACCACUUAUUCUCAUCCUUAGCUCCUAUGGUGCCAUUGCCAGGGCUGUGCUGAGGAUGCAGUCAACAACUGGCCUUCAGAAAGUCUUUGGGACCUGUGGAGCUCAUCUUCUGGUUGUAUCCUUCUUUUUCAUUCCAGUCAUGUGCAUAUAUCUCCAGCCAUCAUCAGGAAAUUCUCAAGAUCAAGGCAAGUUCAUUGCCCUCUUUUAUACUGUUGUCACCCCUAGCCUCAACCCUCUAAUCUACACCCUAAGAAACAAAGAUGUAAGAGGGGCAGUAAAGAGACUACUGGGGUGGGAGUGAGCCCAGAUGCUGUGACGUUAACAGUGUAAUAGAGCAUCUCUUCACCAAUGGUUCAUUCAACUAUCCGUUCGUCAACCUAUCUUUCAUUCACUCAGUCUAUCAGUGCUUAUUGAUCAUAUACUCUCACAGUGUCACAGAGUUAUUUGUAACAAAUAUGAAGUAAAGAAGUCUGCCUAAAUACUAGUCACUCUCUAAUGGAGAAAACGGCCAUGUGAAAUCAAGAUCAAACAUCAAUCUUAAAUUUUUUUCAGUGGCACAAACCUAAUAAAACAAAGGUAUCCUCUUCUUAACUGAAAAUGAAGCAUGGAAUUUGUUGUAAAUACUGAUUAAAGAGCCGAUGUAAUUCCUAUGGAAAGAUUUUCUUAAUUUAAA